AUGCAACAGAUUAGGUUUCUCCAAGGCCAGAGGGCUUUGAAGUAUCCGCAGUGCCUUCAUAUUCUUGAGUGCCUUCAGUGCAAUAACUUUCGAGAAGCUCUUACUUCAGGAGCGAAUGCAAAGUUCAUAGAAGAUCAGCAAGUUCUCCAAUGGCUGUAUUAUUUGCGGAAGCGACAAAGACUGCAUGUGAAUCCUGAAGCGGCAGAAGAUGCAGGCGAAAAGUCUCAGGAGGAUACGGAUGACGACACUGACGGGGACAAGACCGGUUCUGAUAUCAAUUAG